CGGCGGAAGGGGCGGAGGCGGCGGCGGCACCGCCCGCGGUGCCCCGGAAGCAGCGGCGGGCCCGCCAUGGCGGAGGCGGCGGAGGCGGCCGCGCUGGCCUGGAUGGACCAGGCGCUCGACGUGGCUAAGGAGGCGCUGGAGAAAGGGGAGGUUCCCGUGGGCUGCCUGCUGGUCUACAACGGCGAGGUCAUAGGCAGGGGCAGGAACGAGGUCAACGAGACGAAGAACGCUACUGGGCAUGCAGAAAUGGUGGCAAUCGACCAGGUCCUUGACUGGUGCAAGCAACACAAGAGGGAUUACAGGGAGGUGUUUCCGCAGCUGGUGCUGUACGUAACUGUGGAGCCCUGUAUCAUGUGUGCAGCUGCUGUGCGCUUGAUGAAAAUUCCACGGGUCGUAUAUGGCUGUCGAAAUGAGCGAUUUGGAGGCUGUGGCUCCGUUUUGAGCAUCUCGUCUGAUGAUAUGGUGGACUCAGGAGACCCAUUUGAAUGCUCUUCUGGCUAUCGUGCUGAAGAAGCAGUGGAAUUGUUAAAAGCUUUUUACAGACAAGAAAAUCCCAAUGCACCAAAAUCAAAAGUACGGAAGAAGGAUCAUCGUCAGUAGCCCUACACUGGUGGGACACAGAAACUAACCAAAAAAUGAUAUGUGAAAGUUUCGUCAGCAUGCUGCUUUUCUAAAAAUGUGUAGUUCAAUCAAACUAUGUUUAAUUUUCUCUACAAAGUUUUUACUAAUAGGAUACUUAGUACCUGUUCCUGUGUUUCUGUAUUUAUGAUUUCCUGUUAUCAUGACAAAAAAAAAAAAAAAAAAAAGAAAGAGUAAAUGGCUGUUUUUAGAAAGAGGAAAAUUGGUGGUUCAAGUCCACUCAUUUACAGACAGAUCCAUUAAAAUGGUGCUUUUGUACAGCACAUUCUAGUAUAUUUGUUUCCUUCUGUGUGUGGAGAAGUAUCUUGCUUUUCAAUAGCAAAUGUUUGCUUAGGAAAGCAAGCAACUCUCUUAUAAGGUUACAUUUGUAUGUCCUUUACAGUCUGUAUGUGUAUAUUUAUUCAAAAGGCAUAUAAAGGAAUUGUACAGUCCUUGAAGACUUAGGACCAUUGCAAAUGUUUCCUCAUUUUUUUCUACAUUAGCACAAGCCAGAUUUUCAGAGGUAAUUUCUGGAAGUCACAUACCUGUGUAGACAGGCACAUACACACAAUCACAUGUCUGUUUGUGUGUGCUGUUGCUUAGUAAAGAUAAGCAAAUAUCACUUGGGGGCACAGCAGCUUCAUACAAGGUUGUGGAGAAACCCUCCCCAACUCUCUUUAGACUGUCCACUCCUCUUGUGAAUAUCAGUAUAAGAAAUACUUCAAGAAUCCACUAAGAAGUUGUUCUCAGCUCCUAAAUUAUAGUAACCAAGAUGGGCAGAUACAAGUGAAAAACCAGAAAUGAAGCUGGUAAUAACAUGAGUAAAAUAUAUUUAAGAUCUUUAUCUUUUCAUGGUGUUGGUUUAAUUUGUCAUUUCCAUGUACUUUGCUUGGCCAUGCAGUAAUUUAUAAUCCAGAAGAGGGCCUUCAAGUUCCACUAAUGAAUUAAGAAUACAAGUAUGGUUCAAUCUUGAUUGCAUACCUCUUAGUGGAUACUUACAUGAAGGAUGAAAUUUUUGGUAGUUUAUUUGGCUGUUAUUCAGAAAUUUGAGAAAUGUAGCUUUUUUUUGUUUUAUGCAGAUGCGUGUUCAAAAUUUUAUAACUAUAAAAACUGAAUACAAUUACAUUUUCAGAUAUUUCAAAUAAAUACUUUCAAAAGUGUUUUUAAGAAGAAUAUUAAAAGCAUUAAUUUGUCACCAUUACUCUUAA